UAAUCUUCCUUCCCAAAGGAAUGACGCCUGUCAUUUGCAGAGCCAUCAUCAACAUAUACUUUUAUCUGUCAGGAGCAGAUUUUAACGAAGGGUAGUUUGGUAUAUAAAAGAACAGCAUCUCCGGAUUAUGGAUGCACAUCGUGUUUUGUAUCGCGAUAUACAUCUAACUUGCACAAUCGACAGCUACUACAAAUUAGCGAUAAUUGAUCUAUAUCAAUGGCUAACUACGUCAUCGCUAUCGCUGUUAUUGUUGGAAUCAUUUGUGGACAAGCGUUGAGCUUAGGCGAAGAUGCUGAUAGAAAUCUUUUAUUUAAUUUUCCUUACGGCAGAGGAUUGGACAGCGAACUGCAGCUGGCUAGAUUGAUGUUGGCAACUCCAAAAUUGUGUCAUCCUAAACGCAAUACCGAGCUUAUAAAUUCACUAUUGGGUCUACCGAAAAAUAUGAAUAAUGCCGGGAAAUGAAACUAGUCUGAUUCUACAUAUAAAUGGUAAAGCGCAAAGGUUAUCCGCUCGUAGUUGAUAAAAUUAGAUUAGAAAAUACAACAGUUAACUAUUCUCAAUAAUAUAUAAUGUAAAAAAAUAUGUACCAAAUUAUGUACAAAAAAA